AUGGCACAAGCGAUAUUUGAUCACUUGAAUAAUGAUCAAAAGACAGAAGUGAAACAUUUAUAUUUUCAAAGUUCUCAAGCCCAACCAUCCAUUUCGGGCGAGCAACUUUUUGUUUAUGAUCACCUUCCUUCUGGGCAACAGCUCAAAGGCGAUUUAGACUUGGGAUCUUUUUCUAAUCUCAAAAACAUUAAUUUUUAUUCUAAUAUACGAUUUAAUAUUUUAGAAAGUAUAGAUGUUAGUAAAAAUGAAAAAUUAAGCAAAAUAGCAAUAAUAACUUAUUCAACACAUUCUUAUGCCGAUACUUUUUUUACAAAUAAUGGUUUUAUUUUGCAAGUUAAAGACAUACAACUUGAUAAAAUAAUUUUAUCUUAUUAUGACGGAUCAGGGAAGAAAAUAUGGAAACAUUUGAGAAAGCAAACAAUUAUACCAUAUAGAUUAGUCGAAGAUAACAAAUUAGAACAAUUAGAGGCCGAAGUUGCAAAUUUAAGACAAUCUCUUGCCCAAAAAGAUCAAUCCAUAGCUCAGAAAGAUCAAACUAUAACUCAAAAAGAUCAAACUAUAGCUGAUUUAAAUCAAAAGAUUCAACAAACUCCUACACUUAACCAAUUUCAAGAACUAAAUAACAUAGUCUUGUCCCGUACUGAUCUUGAUUUUAAUAGACUAAAACAAGAAGUUAAAAACCUUAAAUUGAAAGAUGUUAAUCCAUAUUUUCAUGAACAAAAAAACCAUUUUGAACAAUUGAUAUCUACCACUAAAAGUAAAGCAGGCGAUGGAUUAACUGCCAUUUUAGAUCUUUUAUUACAGACUAACAAACAAAUUAUUGAUUCUGAAAAUGGAAGCAGUAAUUCUUAUACUCAAGGGCAACUACAGGGACAACUGUUUACUUGCAAAACUCUUUUACAAACUAGAUUAACUCUAGAAGAACUACAAAACCUGUUAAAUAAACAAAAAGAGCUUAAAGAGUUGGAAAAACAAUCUGCUAUUUUGCA